GAAGUGCCAGAGUAGGUGGUUGGCGCUGGAUCGCGCGCUGCCAUGAAUGGCCCGCUCGUCGGGAGACGUGGUGCGGUGGACGAAGCGCAUCUCGGCGCUGGCGAGGGGCGGGCGCGCGGCGGAGGCCGUGGCAGAGUUCUCCAGGAUGGACGCGGCGCCGAACGCGCUCACGCUGGCGAGCGUCCUCCCGGCGUGCGCCAGGCUGCGGAGCCUCGGCCUGGGGCGGGCCAUCCACGGGUUUUGGCUCCGGCGAGGAGGCGGCCCCGGCGCGAACCCGAUCGUGGACAACGCCGUGCUGGACGUGUACGCCAAGUGCGGGGCCCUCCGCAGCGCGCGCCGCGUGUUCGACGGAAUGCCCGAGCGGGACGUCUUCUCCUGGACCGCGAUGGCGUGGGGGCUCGCGAGGGGCGGCAGCCCGCAGGACGCCGUCGCGAUGUUCCGGGCGAUGCUCUCCGACGGCGCCCGCCCGAACGAGGCCACCUUGGUCAGCGUCCUGCACGCCGUGGCGUCCACCGGCGCUCUGGCAUGCGGCAAGCUGCUGCACUCGUACGCGCUGAAGCGAAGGCUCGGCGGCGAGCAGGUCGUCGCCAACGCGCUGGUCGACGCCUACGCCAAGUGCGGCGAGGCGCGGCUGGCGUUCGAGGUGUUCGACCUGCUCCCGGACAAGGACCUGGUCUCCUGGGCCACCGUCAUGAGGGCCAUGGCCGUGCACGGCCGGUGCAGGGAGGCGCUGCAGCUCUUCUCCGUGAUGCUGCGCCAAGGUGUUCGACCGGACGGCGCCGUGUUCCUGUCGUUGCUCUAUGCCUGCUGCCAUGCCGGGCAGGUAGACCAGACGCUGCACCUCCUGGGCGCCAUGGGAAGGAUCUACGGGGUCGCGCCGCAGCGGGAGCACUACACGUGCGUGCUCGACGCCUGCGGCCGGGCCGGGAGGCUCGACGGAGUUGGAGAAAUCUUCAGGCGGAUGCCCGUGGAAUGCGAUCAGCAGGUACUUGGAGCUUACUGCUCCCAUGCAAGUGCGAGUAAAGCAACCGGCGUUGCCGGCGAGCGGUUCCUCUGGAAGAGGUUUCUCGCCGGAGAAGUGGCUGCCGGGCAGGAAAUGUACGUGCUCAUGUCCAAGUCGCUGGCUGAUGCAGGGCGAUGGGACGACGUUUGUUCUGUCAGGGAGAGGGCUGCUGCAACAAAGAUCGACGAGGCUGCUGCUUGCACUUGGAUCCAAGUGUAGCAUCAUUGUUCACAUCACCAUUCAACAAGGCGAAAGUUCUACUACCUUGCAUGCAUGAGAUCUUAUAGGCACGAUUUUGAUGUAAGAAUCUAUUAUCAGAUAACAGUGCAAAGCUAUCAAAAAAUUCCUUGUAAAUCAAAAUAUGUACCCAGGAAAAAAAAUAACUGCACGAAAUAUGUUACAAGCAAGUAAUGGAAUAGUGUGAAAAAUUGAUG